AUGUCUGGUUACGAGGCGAAUAAUGUCUACUUUGUCACCACCCAAAACCCAUCCGAUCCAGUCGCACCGGAAUCUCCUGCAGAGAUUGAAUCAUUUCUUCUCGAUUUCAUCCUCCAGUAUCGAGUGGGCGAGGAGUUUCUCUAUAGAGACAAACUUCGCGGUAAUUUGUUGUUGAAGGAGCAUGUAUUGGAGAUCGACUUGCGUCAUGUCGGACUGUAUAACGAAGAACUUGCAUAUGCGAUACAAGAACGACCCACAGAGAUUCUACCUUUGGCGCGUCUCAAACGAUAUUUCAACCUCUGGGUCUAA